AUGUCACAUUUCUACAAAAAAACACCAGAUAUCGGAUCAUUUCUCUACGAUUUUGCAUCAGAUCCAGUUUGCAAAAUUAGCCUAUCGAACUUUUUAUGUUCAUUAGCAUUACUUGGUAUAUCAUUAGUCCAUUAUUUCAUUUUCCCGUUCAAUCCUACCUAUGUUUCUCAAACAUUCAAAGAUUAUCACGUAUAUCUAUAUUUUGGAUUGGAUUCGGUUAAAAGAGAUAUUGACUAUGUCAAUGUUUCAUUCAUAUUCAUAUCUAUUGCAUUAUUAUACUUGUCAGUUGCUUUUCGAGAAAGAGUUCAAAGAUUAUUCUUAACAGCAGCGCCAACACCAAUUUCCGUUCACCAAAAGAUCCUAGUUUCUCUAUUUGUUCUAUUAUUUAUACAAAUUUUCGUUGCAAUUAAUUUAUUCUCAGAAAGAGCUGCAUCUUUCAUUGUUUUACGUUCGACUCAGUUCACAUUACAUACGAUUUUUUACCAAUGCUUCCAUUUAAACGAUCUAGUUAGCUCAACAGCUCAAACAUAUUUUGACGUCAUUGAAAUCGUCAUUACAGUUAUUCUAUUUAUUCUUUUCAAUCUAUAUAGUGGAAAUACAAUGUUCUUAUACAUGUUGGUCUUUUAUGUAAUCGACAAACACAAUUUUAUCACUGGAUUAUUCAAGAAACUGAAGUUUGCGGUUAUAAACGAUUACGACAGAGAAGAAGAAUGUCUUAUAUGCAGACAACAGUUAUCUACUGAUGAAGUUGUUAAAUUACCUUGUGGACACAUUUUCCAUAAGAGAUGCAUCGUUGAAUGGGCUCGUUCUAAGACUACCUGUCCAAUCUGCACUAAAUCGUUCCAAUCCUCAUUGACUGAAUCGAGAGCACAAAAAAUUGGUUACGCAAUUCAAAAGGCUGAAGAGCUUGUUCAGGAGCUUAAGAAGAAGAAAGAAGAAAUUGAUAAGGCUGAACAAGAAAGAGAGGAAAAUGGCCAAGAUAACAAUGAACAAGAUGAAAAUGAUUUUAAUUGA